AUGGUGCUGGUGCAUAUAUUGGUUGUUUAUGUGCCCCAGUCUAAUAAAUAAAUCCCCAUAACCUCAUAACUAACUGCAGCAUAAUUUAGCUUCCUUCAGGUUUGUUAUAACCUGUGUGUGUGUUUAUAUAACCUCUCUACUUCAGCCUCUGAUUUCAGUUCCUUCCAGUAGUGGCAGCCAGUGCCCAGUGGCCUACAACAUGAUCUCAGUAAUCAUAUUGUCGCCUGCUCCUGUGUAUGUAAUGUCUCUGCUCUAUGAGGUGUUGGUUGUACACGGAGUAGCUUGCAUUAUCAUUUGUUUCCAGGCCCUUUGCUUUCAUACACCAUAACAUCAAGCUUCAGUUCAGAUCGCCAUCCUUCCAUGUAGGCUAAACCAGCUGUGUGUCCUUUGUUCCUCCUCCAGCCUCCCAGGACCAGUGGCAUGGAUCAGCCCCGGAGGAGUAGGAGCAGCAGCAGGAGCCCAUCAGAGGAAGGAGAGCGAGAGAACAAUGUGGCACAGCAGAAGAGCAAUGGUGAGUGGAAAUUACUUUUUCCUCUCAUAAACAAAGGUUCUGUUACCUGAAGAUAAUUUGCCCUGCUAAAUCUACACCUACAGUUGAAGUCGGAAGUUUACAUACACUUAGGUUGGAGUCAUUAGGCAUUUGUGGCGGCAGGUAGCUUAGUGGUUAAGAGCGUUGUGCCAGUAACCGAAAGGUCGCUGGUUCUAAUCCCCGAGCCGACUAGGUGAAAAAUCUGUCGAUGUGCCCUUGAGCAAGGCACUUAACCCUAAUUGCUCCUGUAAGUCGCUCUGGAUAAGAGCGUCUGCUAAAUGACCCAAAUGUAAAUUAAAACUCGUUUUUCAACCACUCCACAAAUGUCUUGUUAACAAACUAUAGUUUUGGCAAGUCGUUUAGGACAUCUACUUUGUGCAUGACACAAGUCAUUUUUCCAACAAUUGUUUACAGACAGAUUAUUUCACUUAUAAUUCACUGUAUCACAAUUCCAGUGGGUCAGAAGUUUACAUACACUAAGUUGACUGUGCCUUUAAACGGCUUGGAAAAUUCCAGAAAAUGAUGUCAUGGCUUUAGAAGCUUCUGAUAGGCUAAUUUACGUCAUUUGAGUCAAUUGGAGGUGUACAUGUGGAUGUAUUUCAAGGCCUACCUUAAAACUCAGUGCCUCUUUGCUUGACAUCAUGGGAAAAUCAAAAGAAAUCAUCCAAAAAUUGUAGACCUCCACAAGUCUGGUUCAUCCUUGGGACCAAUUUCCUAGAGAUUAACGUACUUUGGUGCGAAAAGUGCAAAUCAAUCCCAGAACAACAGCAAAGGACCUUGUGAAGAUGCUGGAUGAAACAGGUACAAAAGUAUCUAUACCCACAGUGAAACAAGUCCUAUAUCGACAUAACCUGAAAGGCCGCUCAGCAAGGAAGAAGCCACUGCUCCAAAACCGCCAUAAAAAAGCCAGACUACGGUUUGCAACUGCACAUGGGGACAAAGAUCGUACUUUUUGGAGAAAUGUCCUCUGGUCUGAUGAAACAAAAAUAGAACUGUUUGGCCAUAAUGACCAUUGUUAUGUUUGGAGGAAAAGGGGGCUGCUUGCAAGCCGAAGAACACCAUCCCAACCGUGAAGCACCGGGGUGGCAGCAUCAUGCUGUGGGGGUGCUUUGCUGCAGGAGGGACUGGUGCACUUCACAAAAUAGAUGGCAUCAUGAGGAAGGAAAAUGAUGUGGAUAUAUUGAAGCAACAUCUCAAGACAUCAGUCAGGAAGUUAAAGCUUGGUCGCAAAUGGGUCUUCCAAAUGGACAAUGACCCCAAGCAUACUUCCAAAGUUGUGGCAAAAUGGCUUAAGGAGAACAAAGUCAAGGUAUUGGAGUGGCCAUCACAAAGCCCUGACCUCAAUCCUAUAGAAAAUGUGUGGGCAGACUGAAAAAGCGUGUGUGAGCAAGGAGGCCUACAAAUGAGCAAGGAGGCCUACAAACCUGACUCAGUUACACCAGCUCUGUCAGGAGGAAUGGGCCAAAAUUCACCCAACUUAUUGUGGGAAGCUUGUGGAAGGCUACCCGACACGUUUGAGCCAAGUUAAACAAUUUAAAGGCAAUGCUAUCAAAUACUAAUUGAGUGUAUGUAAACUUCUGACCCACUAGGAAUGUGAUGAAAGAAAUAAAAGCUUAAAUAAAUAAUUCUCUCUACUAUUAUUCUGACAUGUCACAUUCUUAAAAUAAAGUGGUGAUCCUAACUGACCUAAGACAGGGAAGUUUUACUAGGAUUAAAUGUCAGGAAUUGUGAAAAACUGAGUUUAAAUGUAUUUGGCUAAGGUGUAUGUAAUCUUCCGACUUCAACUAUAUGUAAUGGACCUAGAUAAACUUUUAGAAAGUUACCUUUGUUCUAAAAUGUAUGAUCUUAGCACUUAAAAAAUAAAACCUGACUAGUGGUAUAAAAUGAACAACUAGGCUAUCAACGAUCAGAUUAUGUCUAGAAGAAAUCAUAUCUUUUUUCGCCAGCCUUGUUGGAACUUGGAUUUGUCCCAAUAACCUCCAUUACCGCUAUCUCCCUUCCGUUGUUUACCUGGUCUCUCAUCCUCAUCACUGACAGAUGGACAGUUCCAGCCUAGCAGCUCUCUGAGUCUGUGUUAUUGUCCAGAUAAAGCUUUCAAUCAUCCCUUCUGCUGAGCUGUUGCAAAUCCUUCCUCUACUCCGAGAGAGAGGGAGAAAGACGGAGCGAAAGAGGAUAGAGCGAGAGAGGAUAGAGAUGGAGAGAGAGGGAAUGGGAAUAGGAGGUAGAGAAAGAGGGAUACAGACGGAGAGGGCAACACAACCCUCCCGACAUCCACCCAAGGGCAUUUGAAAAGUGCCAGAGCGCAGAAUGUGCUGCCUGCUACUGAUAGUCCUUUAACUAGAUCCCCUGUAACACCCAGGGUCUUACUCUGGCUGCCUUGAGUUAGAGCGUGUGUUAAAUCGCACCCUAUUCCAUAUGUAGUGCAUAACUUAUGAACAGGUUCCGUAAGGCUCUGGUCAAAAGUGGUGCACUAUAUAGGGAAGUGGAUGCCAUUUGGGAUAGAACCUUAGAGCUGUUGCAUUUCCCCCACAGCAGUCUAGGGAGGGAAUUAUGCUGCUAUUGUUGUUGUUGCACAACGGAGACGGGAUGUUCUCACUGUCUUGGUUGCAAAUAGUGUCAGUGAAUGUUUACUGUUUAUUUGUCAGUAUCAACCUUAUAACAUUUUAAUUGGUAUUACACAAAUCAGAAAGUGCGAAAGCCAAUUUUCAACAAUGCAUCAUAUAUCAGUGAAUGUUGGUGAGGCAGUGCUGUUAGCAUCUAGAAGUGGAUAUUGCUGUCAGAGACCUUUUGACUCAGUUUUAGCACAGAUUGCAGUUGCCUGAAAGGCACACCUCAAGGAUUUGGAAUUGCAGCUACUGUAUGGAUUUAAUGGAUGCUUCUCAAUCUUUCCCUCAAGCUAUUUUGUAGGCUGAUUGUUUCACUAUAGCUAGGGUGUCCAAUCAAAAACGCAUAUUUUUACCAAUGGGUAAAAUAAUAUGUUAAUUGGGUUGAUAAUACUCUAUGAAAACCAAGUUUCAAACCUCAUGUCUCUCUUAAUCCGUUCAAAAGUUAUUGGAGUUUUUACCCUUGUAGGAUGGCCAGAAUUAGGGUGACUAAAUCAAUGUAGGCCAGAGGAUAUUUUUUUUAAACAAAAUUGGCAGGAAAAAAAAAUAUAUAGAGGUAAGAUGGAUAACGAUUUUGAGACAUGACAUGUAGUAUUUUCAUAUUUUAGUAUACACUUCACAUAUUAAUUCUAAAUUCCUGUUCUUUUAGAAGAUUUCUCACAAAAACAAGCGUAUGUCUGUGAAAUGUCAACGGAGUACUGACUAAUACCAAGCUUUUUAUUUUCAAAGCCUUUUACAUUUAAUUCAGCUCUUGUCAUGCUAAUUUUGCUUUUUGAGACCCGCGGAAACAACUUUGAAGACGACGAUCACACAAUGUAAAAUCCUCAAGUUGUUACGAGUAACCUAUGUCAACCGAGCUCGGUGCUUUUUAUCGGAUGUAUUAGGUUACGAAAUCUGACUUUUUGGAUAUAAUCAAUGUUAAUGAUAUGUUCGAGAAAGACCCCACUGAACAAUUCAGAACAUGAAUAAUCAUAUUUGUCUUGGUAAAAUGUGAAAUUUCAUCACCAAAGUGCGUUUCCACCCGCUCUGGGCAGAGUGGGUGGACACCCUACUAUACGCAUUAGACAGAACUUGAAAGAAUGUUCGCAAUAUUCAACUUUAAAUAAUUUAAUUGUAUAACUAUUUAAUUUCUACUCUAUUGUUUCUUUAACAGAUUAGCUGUAAUAACGGCAUGAUAAGUUAAUAUUGCCACAGUCUACUCAAUCUGCCAACUGUCAGAAAUACGUGAACUGAGGACGAGUCACUGGUCCAAUAAGGCAUCCAUCACAGCAGGCUGCUACAGUGCACUUCAUCAAUUAUUCCUGCUCUUAAGCCUUCAGCUCAGUCAGGUCUCUCAUAUAGAGCAUUAACUGAAUGUCAAUUUACAUUUUUAAAGUUCACUCUCGUUUGCUUGCUGGUUGCUUGUGGUCUGAAUGUAGAUGGUCUAUAUUUUAAAAGACACAAGACACAUGUUCAUAUCCCACUUUCAUUAACAACACAUUCACUAUUUUCAACAAUAGGCAAGCGUGAUGAAGCUAAGACACAUAUGAGUUUGCCAAUUUCAUUUUGGACAAAUAGACCUACACUCAUAAUCCUACAAUGUCAUGUGGAACUGAAAAGCCACUUAUUAACCUAACUGUGUUUUGUCUGCAGUGGAAGCACCAGAGGGGGCAGAUAGUCCUGCAGCCAGUCCCAGAGACGAAGGCCUCAGAGCGGCCAGACCUGGAUCGGAGGCCCCCGUAGUUCUAGGAAGUCCCGAAGUAGCCAGCUCCAAAGCCACCAGGGGCAGUAGGGUCCCAUCCAAUGCCAGUGUCAGCCAGGAGGGGGAGUCUAGUGGCUCUGACGAUGAGAGCAGUGAGGAAGACAGUGAUGAGGGAGUGGCCCGCAGGAUGAAGAGCAGUGUGGCACAGAUCGUGGUGAGUGACUGACACAGCCACAUUCAGUGACCCGUUUCAUUGACAAGGAUUGAAAAGUCUGGUCCUGGACUAAGAAGCAUUUUCAAUGGAGAUUUUCUAUUGAGCAUGCUUUCUAGUCCAGUGCUAGGCUUCAUUUGUGUCUGGGAAACUGGCCCUCUAAGCUGGUAUUUGCAUUGUUAGCGUUAUGCAAAUACAAAAGUGUGCAAUGUGGGAAUGUGUUUGCAGACACUGACCAGAUAGGGGAUUCUGACAUGUUGUGUUUUGUGUUCCAGCAUGGUCCAGAUGACCAGAGUGUGAACAAAGGCAGGAGCCCCACCCCAGAUGACAGGUGAGUGACUAACUCUGUAGAGCUGCAGAUAAGAGGCGGCAGGUAGCUUAGUGGGUAAGAGUGUUGUGUCAGUAACUGAAAGGUCGCUGGUUCUAAUCCCAGAGCCUACUAGGUGAAAAAUCUGUUGAUGUGCCCUUAAGCAAGGCACUUAACCCUAAUUGCUCCUGUAAGUCGCUCUGGAUAAGAGCGUCUGCUAAAUGACACAAAAAAAAAGAGCUAUAAGUCAUCCUUUACUCUCCAGGCCUUCCAAACGUUCAACUUUCCCAAUUCCAAAGUUCCAUAGAUUUUCCAAAAAUCCCAGUUGGAGGAUUCACCCCCUGCUUAUUCCCUCCUGAUCCUGGUAGUCCACCAACUGGGAAACAAAUCUGGAAUUUUGCAACACUAAUUUUGUUUCUCAUUGGUCCAUCCAGGGAUGAUGAUCGCCGCAGGUCCCGCUCCAGGUCCCGUUCCAGAAGUCAGGAGAGGGAUCGGCGCUACGGUAGAGGAGGUUACGGCAGGUACGGAAACAACAUGGCACAGUCUGGUUCCACUUGAGGUUUCUUUCAUCUGUGGUAGUAUUUCCUUGCCACUUCUGCUUGUUCUUUGGGGUCUAGGCCAGGUUACUCUAAUACACUUUGUGACAACUGUUCAUGUAAAAAGGGCUUUCUAAAUCAAAUGUGAUAAAUCUAUAUUGUGUUUACAACUAAUUUAGAGUAGACCACAUUCAGACUUGCCCUAGCUUCAUUCUUAAGAAGAUCACUACAGUAUUGAUAUAUGGAGAUGCCUUUGCAUCACCCACAGGUCAAGGGACGAUGAUCGUGACAGAGACCGAUAUUACGACCGUUAUGAGCGCCGGUCGAGUCGGGACAGAGAGGCUGAGUUCAGGAGGAGGGGCCAAUCGCCCUCUCCAGCUCAGAAGGACCCUGCUGCAGAGGAACCGCCAGUGAAGAAGAAGAAGGAGGAACUGGACCCUAUCCUGACCCGGACUGGUGGAGCCUACAUCCCCCCGGCCAAGCUACGCAUGAUGCAGGCUCAGAUCACUGACAAGAGCAGGUGAGUUCAGCUGGUGUCUGCUAGACUGGAAAUACUUUAUAGCCUACAGUGAGGAAAAAAAGUAUUUGAUCCCCUGCUGAUUUUGUAUGUUUGCCCACUGACAAAGAAAUGAUCAGUCUAUAAUUUUAAUGGUAGGUUUAUUUGAACAGUGAGAGAUAGAAUAACAACCAAAAAAUCCAGAAAAACGCAUGUCAAAAAUGUUAUAAAUUGAUUUGCAUUUUAAUGAGGGAAAUAAGUAUUUGACCCCCUCUCAAUCAGAAAGAUUUCUGGCUCCCAGGUGUCUUUUAUACAGGUAACGAGCUGAGAUUAGGAGCACACUCUUAAAGGGAGUGCUCCUAAUCUCAGCUUGUUACCUGUAUAAAAGACACCUGUCCACAGAAGCAAUCAAUCAAUCAGAUUCCAAACUCUCCACCAUGGCCAAGACCAAAGAGCUCUCCAAGGAUGUCAGGGACAAGAUUGUAGACCUACAAAAGGCUGGAAUGGGCUAUAAGACCAUCGCCAAGCAGCUUGGUGAGAAGGUGACAACAGUUGUUGCGAUUAUUCGCAAAUGGAAGAAACACAAAAGAACUGUCAAUCUCCCUCGGCCUGGGGCUCCAUGCAAGAUCUCACCUCGUGGAGUUGCAAUGAUCAUGAGAACGGUGAGGAAUCAGCCCAGAACUACACGGGAGGAUCUUGUCAAUGAUCUCAAGGCAGCUGGGACCAUAGUCACCAAGAAAACAAUUGGUAACACACUACGCCGUGAAGGACUGAAAUCCUGCAGGGCCCGCAAGGUCCCCCUGCUCAAGAAAGCACAUAUACAUGCCCGUCUGAAGUUUGCCGAUGAACAUCUGAAUGAUUCAGAGGAGCUGGGUGAAAGUGUUGUGGUCAGAUGAGACCAAAAUCGAGCUCUUUGGCAUCAACUCAACUCGCCGUGUUUGGAGGAGGAGGAAUGCUGCCUAUGACCCCAAGAACACCAUCCCCACCGUCAAACAUGGAGGUGGAAACAUUAUGCUUUGGGGGUGUUUUUCUGCCAAGGGGACAGGACAACUUCACCGCAUCAAAGGGACAAUGGACGGGUCCAUGUACCGUCAAAUCUUGGGUGAGAACCUCCUUCCCUCAGCCAGGGCAUUGAAAAUGGGUCGUGGAUGGGUAUUUCAGCAUGACAAUGACCCAAAACACACGGCCAAGGUAACAAAGGAGUGGCUCAAGAAGAAGCACAUUAAGGUCCUGGAGUGGCCUAGCCAGUCUCCAGACCUUAAUCCCAUAGAAAAUCUGUGGAGGGAGCUGAAGGUUCGAGUUGCCAAACAUCAGCCUCGAAACCUUAAUGACUUGGAGAAGAUCUGCAAAGAGGAGUGGGACAAAAUCCCUCCUGAGAUGUGUGCAAACCUGGUGGCCAACUACAAGUCAUGUUUUGCAGAGGGGUCAAAUACUUAUUUCCCUCAUUAAAAUGCAAAUCAAUUUAUAAAAUUCUUGACAUGCGUUUUUCUGGAUUUUUUUGUUGUUAUUCUGUCUCUCACUGUUCAAAUAAACCUACCAUUAAAAUUAUAGACUGAUCAUUUCUUUGUCAGUGGGCAAAUGUACAAAAUCAGCAGGGGAUCAAAUAUAUUCACUGUACAUCAUGAUGGGAUGGUGUAGUUGACACAAAACGAGAAUUAAACUUGACCAUAUUUCUUUGAAAUAAUUAAAUAUGACGAUUUCAAUAAAAUAAUGAAAUGCAGGGCCUCCCAAGUGGUGCAGCGGUCUAAGGCACUGCAUCGCAGUGUUGCGGAGUCAAUACAGCCUGGGGUUCGAUACAUUGGUGCAGUUGGCUUCCGGGUUCACCGAGCGGGUGUUAAGAAGCGCGGUUUGAGGCCUCCCGAGUGGUGCAGCAGUCUAAGGCACUGCAUUGCAGUGUUGCGGCGUCACUACAGACCCGGGUUCGGUCCCAGGCUGUUUCACAACCGGCUGUGACCGGGAGUCCCAUAGGGCGGCGCACAUUUGGCCCAGCGUCGUCCGCGUUAGGAGAUGGUUUGGCUCAUCGCGCUCUAGCAACUCCUUGUGGCGGGCCGGGCGCCUGCAGGCUGACUUCGUCAUAAGUUGAACAGUGUUUCCUCCGACACAUUGGUGCAGCUGGUUUCCGGGUUAAGCAGGCAGGUGUUAAGAAGCGCGGUUUGGUGGGUCAUGUUUCGGAGGACGCAUGACUCGUCCUUCGCCUCUCCCGAGCCCGUUGGGGAGUUGCAGCAAUGAGACAAGAUCGUAAUCACGAAAUUGGGGAGAAAAGGGGGUAAAAAAAUAUAUAUAUAUAAUGAAAUGCAAUCAGGCUCAAAUGCCAUAUCGUUUGUUCCGAGCUGUCAAGGAAAUCAAUGGAUGACGACACAAUAUAUAUUUAUUUUUAGUCUGGAGGGAGCUAGGUGUCAGAGCCAGGCUCUAAAAUUAGCAGCCGACUCUCUGAGAGAGGUGUGGAUAUCUGUGGCUGUGUCUGAAAUGGCACCCUACUCCCUACGUAGUGCUAUAUAGGGAAUCCCUGCAGAGUACUAUAUAAGGAAUAGGAUGCUAUUUCGGACAUUCACUCAAGGUGUUUUCACACAGUCACCUACCUCUAACCUCAUCUCCUGGACAAGCAUCUUCGCUCCUUGAGGCCAAGCGCCCUGAGACGAGAUGUGCGUCCCAAAUGGCUCCCUAUGUUGUGCACUUCUUUUGACCAGAGCCCUACAGGCCCUGGUCAAAAGAAGGUGCAAUAUAAAGAGAACAGGGUGCCAUUUGGGACAUAGCCAAGGAGGUGACAUGGAUAAUGAAGUAGAGAUUGGUUCACUAAGAUCCUCUGGGGCAGAGGAGGGCAAUGAAGGGGAUUGGAAGGAUAGAUGGGAGGACUAUCCUGUCCUCCCAGAGCCUAGACACACACACACACUGAGUACACAGAACACCACACACACACACACACACACACACACACACACAUAGCCCCCCACACACACAGAGCCCCACACUAGAGGCCUUGAAUAAAGCAGCACCAUCAACACUAUCCCAGACCAGCUAAUCUGGGGAUGCAGGAGGAGUUUUUGUUAUUUCAGGGAAAGUUUCCAGUUACUAACCACGUUUCCAUCCAAGUAAAGUCACCCUGUAUAAAAAAUAAAUAAAAAAAUCACGACAGCUAUGAUGGAAAAAGGAAGUUUCGGUACAAUUUUAUUAAUGCCAAUAGAUAAUAUAUUUGUUUGACAUGGUGGGAUCUUUUUGUGUCGGUAAAAUGAAUUAUACGAGAAAUGUCAGUGUAAACUCCUUUAUGCACAAAUAUUGAUAUAAUAACCAUCAUAUCGAGGUAAACUUGGAGUCGGGAUGAUAUGGUGUGUGGUCCUCCCACUACGACUCGGGAAGCCAUGCAGUUUGUUAGGCUACAGAUGAAAUAAGUUAUGAUUAACUUCACAGGGUGGUGAAAGUGCACGGUGAUCUUGAUGCUGCUUUCCAAUAAAUAUCGAGGGUCUUCUUCUGGUGAAAUGAUGAUUGAUGCUUGACUGCCGUUGGACAAAUUCAAUAUUUUUGCUCUUAUCCAUAAUAAUCUCAUCAUAUAGACUAGCCUACCCACACAGCCUACCCGCAUUGUAUCUGGGCUGUUGGCUAGAGUGCACAUUUGCUAUUUAAUGCAACAGUGUUUGUGACAAAAUCAAGAGUUGAAAAUGUGAUGGAGACACAUUAAACUUUAGAUUUUUAUUCGGUACAUGAAAACAUAAGCGAAAAAGUACAUUUUGUGUGAACUAUGUCAUCACGCACUGAUUUCUAUCCGCAACAAGCCAGUUAGGUGGAAACACACCACUUGUGGGAAAAUGCGCAUAUUUUCUUUAUGUGGAUUUUAGAAUAUUUGCAUGGAAAUCUGUCGCCAAUUGGAUGGAAACCUAGCUACUAAUGCCUUUUAAAGGUGCUACUUUGUCCCUUAAUCUAGAGUGGAACUGGGGAAUGCAGAUACAUUUCAGACCCGGUCUAUUAACUGUUUUGAGGUAGUGUUUAGUGUAGGUCGUGGCAUUGCUUAGGAAUGCACUUUGAAAUAUGUUCUGCUUCAGUGACUGUAUGCUGUAGAAAUGCAAUGUUUUUAUUACUUUAUUGCACAUAUACUGACAAGACCAUUUUGAAAUUCGCAGUGUUGUCAGGGAACAUGUAUUACAAUUAUUUUUCUAAUCAAAGGACAACCAUCACACCAGUUAGUCCAGAUACACAAAAAAUACAGUAGGUCUUGCCAAUUGUUUCAAAGAGCUUACUUAUUACCCCCCUCUUUCUAGUCUGGCUUACCAGCGUAUGAGCUGGGAGGCUCUGAAGAAGUCCAUCAAUGGUCUGAUCAACAAGGUGAACGUAUCCAACAUCGCCAUGAUCAUCCAGGAACUGCUGCAGGAGAACAUCGUCAGGGGCAGGUAAUGGACUGAGAUUUCUAAUGGAUUUAUUUCAUAUUUAUUUAUGCAGGCUAUUCUCAUUGAGAUCAAAUGUCUUUUACAAGAGGGACCUUUCCAAGAUGUCAAUCGGAAACAUUUCACGUUUCUUAAAGUGAGCUUUGAGACAGAUUAGCUUCAUACAAGUGCAGAUCACUAAUGUGUGUGUUUCAUGUCUGUCUGUCUGUCUGUCUGUUUGUUUGUGUGUGUGUGUCUGUCUGUGUGUCUGCUCUACAGAGGUCUCCUGGCCAGGUCCACCCUGCAGGCCCAGAGCGCCUCGGCCACCUUCACCCACGUCUAUGCUGCGGUCGUAGCCAUCAUCAACUCCAAGUUCCCUCAGAUAGGAGAGCUCAUCCUCAAGAGACUCAUCCUUAACUUCCGCAAGGGCUACCGUAGGAACGACAAGGUGACUGGCUGCUCCAGACGCUACUGCUGCCUCAUUUAAGAGAUCAUGUGUACCUGACAAGCCCAUGUUGGCCUUUUUGGCUCCUCUUGCUCAUACUGUUAUGCACUAGAUGUUUGAACUAAAACAACUUAAAUGUUGUUACAUAUUGUGGAGAAUAAGGAGUUGUAAUGUAUCUGAGCCACUCUUUGUAGUUAAAUAUACAAUAAUAAUAAUAUAUGCCAUUUAGCAGACUCUUUUAUCCAAAGCGACUUAGUCAUGUGUGCAUACGUUUUACAUAUGAGUGGUCCUGGGAAUCGAACCCACUACCCUGGCCUUACAAGCACCAUGCUCUACCAACUGAACUCAAAAUGAUUUUUUGUCCUUGUUUUUCAGGCACAAUGUCUCACGGCAUCAAAGUUUGUUGCCCACCUGGUCAAUCAGAAUGUGGUAAGUCCUCUUUCUAUUGGCUAUGCUAGAUCACAUACACACGCAGUGUUUUCAUCCUAUUUCCCUUGUUCCCCGCCCAGGCCCAUGAGGUGCUAUGUUUAGAGAUGUUGACCCUGCUCCUGGAGAGACCCACAGACGACAGCGUGGAGGUGUCCAUCAGCUUCCUCAAGGAGUGUGGCCUCAAACUCACUGAGGUCUCCCCUAGAGGCAUCAAUGGUACAUAGCAAUACACUGAGGUCUCACCUAGAGGCAUCAGUGGUACAUAGCAAUACACUGAGGUCUCACCUAGAGGCAUCAGUGGUACAUAGCAAUACACUGAGGUCUCACCUAGAGGCAUCAGUGGUACAUAGCAAUACACUGAGGUCUCACCUAGAGGCAUCAAUGGUACAUAGCAAUACACUGAGGUCUCACCUAGAGGCAUCAAUGGUACAUAGCAAUACACUGAGGUCUCACCUAGAGGCAUCAAUGGUACAUAGCAAUACACGGAGGUCUCACCUAGAGGCAUCAAUGGUACAUAGCAAUACACUGAGGUCUCACCUAGAGGCAUCAAUGGUAUAUAGCAAUACACUGAGGUCUCACCUAGAGGCAUCAAUGGUACAUAGCAAUACACGGAGGUCUCACCUAGAGGCAUCAAUGGUACAUAGCAAUACACUGAGGUCUCACCUAGAGGCAUCAAUGGUACAUAGCAAUACACAACACUUCCGCUCUGUUCUUACAGUUUGAACAGGCGUGGGUGAUUGAAGCAUCAGUUCCAUCAUCACAGCUACAGAAUCCUUUUAGCAGUCUAUCACAGCUCAUUCAGAGAAAUCUAGUGAUUUCUUGAUUGAUUUCUCUGGUGAUCUUAUUUUUGGUGCUCUUAUGUUGCAUUUUUCUUGGUAUCAAAUUCAAACCAUAGAAAUAUAAUUAUAUUUCUAUGAUUCAAACAUUGUCUGUGUCUGUUUUCAGCCAUCUUCGAGCGGCUGCGUAACAUCCUUCACGAGUCGGAGAUAGACAAGCGUGUGCAGUACAUGAUCGAGGUGAUGUUUGCCAUCAGGAAGGACGGGUUUAAGGACCACCCUAUCGUCCCAGAGGGGCUGGACCUAGUGGAGGAAGAGGAUCAGUUCACACACAUGCUGCCCCUAGAGGAUGACUACAACCAGGAAGAUAUACUGAGUAAGAUACUAUAUACAAUAGAAUAUAGGAUCAGUUCACACAUAUGUUACCCCUAGAGGACUACAACCAAUAAGAGAUACUGAAUACCCCCUAGCUAGAAGGCCUAAUCAGUUAAAGAUGCAGUCCCAGAUCCUAAGCACUUACAAAUUCGUAACAUAUUGUACGAGUUGGAAUUCGUAACAUACACUAAGUGGUAGGCCACACAAGCUCACAGAAUGGGACCGCCAAGUGCUGAAACGCGUAGAGCGUAAAAAUUGGCUGUCGGUUGCAACAUUCACUACCGAGUCAGCACAGGAACUGUUCGUCUGGAGCUACAUGAAAUGGGUUUCCAUGGCCGAGCAGCCGCACACAAGCCUAAGAUAACCAUGCGCAAUGCCAAGCAUCGGCUUUAGUGGUGUAAAGCUCGCCACCAUUGGACUCUGGAGCAGUGUAAAUGCGUUCUCUGGCGUGAUGAAUCACGCUUCACCAUCUGGCAGUCCAACGGACCAAUCUGGGUUUGGCGGAUGCCAGGAGAACGCUACCUGCCCGAGUGCAUAGUACCAACUGUGAAGUUUGGUGGUGGAUGAAUAAUUGUCUGGGGCUGUUUUUCAUGGUUCGGGCUAGGCCCCUUACUUUCAGUGAAGGUAAAUCUUCAUGCUACAGCAUAGUGACAUUCUAGACAAUUCUGUGCUUCCAACUUUGUGGCAACAGUUUGGGGAAUGCUCUUUCCUGUUUCAGCAUGACAAUGCCCCAUGCACAAAGCGAGGUCCAUACAGAAAUGGUUUGUCGAGAUCGGUGUGGAAGAACUUGACUGGCCUGCGCAGAGCCCUGACCUCAACCCCAUCGAACACCUUUGGGAAGAAUUGGAACGCCGACUGCGUGCCAGGCAUAAUCGCCCAACAUCAGUGAAAUGCCCGACCUCACUCUUUUGGCUGAAUGGAAGCAAGUCCCCGCAGCAAUGUUCCAACAUCUAGUGAAAAGCCUACCCAGAAGAGUGGAGGCUGUUAUAGCAGCAAAAGGGGGACCAACUCCAUAUUAAUGCCUAUGAUUUUGGAAUGAGAUGUUCGAUGAGCAGGUGUCCACAUACUUUUGGUCAUGUAGUGUAUCAUACAAAUUGCACAACAACAACAAAUAUUCGGGGACCCGUUUUGGCUCGUGAGCACUACUUUCAAAACUACUGGCUGAAAUGAAACAAAACCUUUGGAACAUCACUUUAACAUCCUGGCUCUUUCACCACUGUCCUUGUCUUUACUGACCAGGUAAAAGCCACCUAAUGACUAGCAUUGACCAUAUUGUUUUCACGAAUAAUGUAUUUUCAAAUCAGUGCAAAUGAGAUUGAGACUUAACUGUGAUAAUUUGAGUGUUCAGCAUCAUGGUUCAUUGCCAGGGGAGAAAGAAAAAUACCCUGUCUCAUUAUUCAGUCAAUUCACCUGCUGUCCUUUAGGUCCCUAAGAGUUGGGGCUUAUACAGAUAUAGCUGGGUGUUUCCUCUCUUAUCAGUCUCUAUAGAUGUCCCAGUAUCAAAUAAUGUUCUCUGAGAAGAGAGAAAUCACAGUCGGUCUCUCAAUCUUUCUUGACCUCUCUCUCAAACUGGUUGUAGGCAGACUAUCACAUUCGACCUACACCGUACUAGACCAUGUAGCCCAUCUAUCCUAUAUAAAAAAGGACUGAAGAUAGCUACAGAUAAUUAGGUUCUAUCAACAUAUGUAUUAGUGAAACCAAAGUGCUGUAACAAAUAUCAAUUAAAUCAAAUAGCCUAGUACACACACCAAAACUUUCAAAUGUUCAAAUCAAAAGACUAUUGCACAGAAAAACUUGGAUGGGUGCAUGGCAAAUUCAGAACCGCUGGACAGCAACAAAAUAAACUAAAGCACUGAUAAUUGGGAACGAGAUCAGAAUGACUGCUAAGGCUUGAUUCAUAAAUUAAAUAGGUAGCCUAGACUGCAGAACUAAACUAAUGUUCAAAUUAAUAGGCCUGAUUAACAUGACAUCAAUAACGCAGCCACAUUCCGAGUCCCCUGUGCUGACACAUUCAAAAAUCAAAAGAUGGUUUAGUAUUUAGUUUAAAAGCUCUGAUGAAGGCCAAGAGAACAAUAAACACUUUUCAAUGAGAAAACAGAAAUCCCCCCAAAAUCUAAAUAAAGACUUGUGAAAAUGUUAAGGAGAACAAAAACUACUGAGCAUACAUUAGAACACCACCACAGAAGCUUCGGGCAUCUUCGCUAUUAAGUAGUCUAGUUUUGUUGGCUACUUGAAGAGAACUGGGGCCUGUCACUCGCAGCCCACCUUUUCCAAUGCAUUGUUAAAAAGUGUGCAUUGAAUUCUACUAGAUGAAGAGCCGAAAUGAGUAUAACAUCCUCGCAUUUAAACCAUACUCGAUUUUCGAAACGUCACAUACUAUUAUUAAACAUUCUAUUUUCGUAUUGUGCGAAUGCGUCAUGCGUGAUUGCGUUGUUUCCCGCUAUUCGUUGAUUUCGGUAGCGCAUCCUCAUAUCUAAUUGAUAAGCUGUUGACAAAGCCGAAAUGAGCAUGACAUCCGGGCAUUUAAAGUAUACUCAAUUUUUUCAGCAUACAGAAUCAGCCUACUAUUUAGGACGAAAGUAUGGAUAUUUGGACACAGCCCUCUCUGUCUCUCUCUCUCUCUCUCUCGCUCUCUGUCUCGCUCUCUCUCUCUCUCUCGCUCUCUGUCUCGCUCUCUCUCUCUCUCUCUCUCGCUCUGUCUCGCGCUCUCUCUCUCUCUCUCUCGCUCUGUCUCGCUCUCUCUCUCACUUUCUCUCUCUCUCUCUUUCUGUCUCUUUCUCUCUCUGACUCUCUCUCUCUCUCUCUCUGUCGGUCUCUCUCUCUGUCGGUCUCUCUCUCUGUCGGUCUCUCUCUCUGUCGGUCUCUCUCUCUCUCUGUCGGUCUCUCUCUCUGUCGGUCUCUUUCUCUGUCGGUCUCUCUCUCUGUCUCUCGCUCUCGGUCUCUCUCUCUCUCUGUCUCUCUCUCUCUUUCUCUCUCUCUGUCUGUCUGUCUGUCUCUCUCUCUCUCUCUGCCUCUUUCUCUCUCUCUGUCUGUCUCUCUCUCUCUCUCUGUCUCUCUCUCUUGCUCUCUCUCUCUCUGGCUCUUUCACUCUCUGUCUCUCUCUCUCUGUCUCUCUCACUCUCUCUCUGUCUGUCUCUCUCUCUGUCUCUCUCUCUGUCUCUCUCUCUGUCGGUCUCUCUGUCUCUUGGUCUCUGUCUCUCUCUCUUGCUCUCUCUCAGUCGCUCUCUCGGUCUCUCUCUCUCUCUUGCCUUCUCUCUCUUGGUCUCUCUCUCUCUUGCUCUCUCUGUCUCUGUCUCUCUCUUUCCUUCAGUCUCAUAAUAGAGGGUUACAUUUCAAAACUGACAUUAAGACUAAGCAUCUGUGUUGCUAUUUAUUUAUGUUUGUACAAUUCAACAGAAUAAGCAUAUUUUCUGUAGCUUCAGCACAGACAAACUUGUCCUAAUUGAAAAUCUAUACUAGCAUCCCUUCAGGGGGCAAGAGAGGGGAGGAAAGCAGUUAUCACAUUAAGCCCUAUUAUGAAUUGCCUCUUAAUACACAGUGCUUGUGUUUUUUAUGGGUAAUUACUUCUGGUUGCAUCUCAUUUGCAAUAACUUUAAUUGCUCCGAAAUGUACUAAUUGCAAACGAAUGGUUGCUAUUAAAAACAACAGUGCUUCUGUCUAUCUUGCAGAUGUCUUUAAGAUGGAUCCAGACUUCUUGGAGAAUGAGGAGAAGUACAAAGCAAUUAAGAAGGGUGAGUUGAUAGUUUGAAGGAUCACAUGGCCAAUUAAAUGCCUUAAGGUGAAGCAAUAAGGCCAUUCUUAGUACAGUUGCCUUUGAAAUGAAUGCUGUGUAAUGGAUAAGUGGUUGUGGAGCCAUGCUGCUACCUAGCUAGUGUUGCGGCUACCAUGGAGUAGUAAUUCUGUAUUACCAAUACCAAAUGAAUUGCAUUAUACUGUCACAGUGACAUUAUGUAAACAUAGUUAUGUUAACACAUGAAUGUUAACAUAUUGGGAGACAUUUCAGUUCGUUAUUGUGAAAGACAAUGUUUUGGGAAACUAUUGGGCGAAAAAUGUGGAAGAAGAUGAUUGUUUUAACAUACAGUAUGCCAUUUGCCUGUCUCUUUUCCCCUCAGAGAUUCUGGAUGAGGGCAGCAGUGGCUCUGGAGAAGAUGUGGAUGGAAGUGACGAUGAUGAAGAUGACGGCGAUGAAGAAAAAGAGGGGGAAGAGGGUGGAGAUGGUAUAUAUGCAUAUACUAGGGUCUAUGUGACUCUUUUGAUAGUGACAGUGAUUGAUUGAUGACUGAUUGAUUACGUUUAUUAGGCAUAUCCCUCAUGAGCCAUUUCUUUCCACAGCUCACAAGUAACAUAGAAUCGAAACAAACAACAGUAAACAGACAGACAACACCUGAACACACCUGAAAAGUAUAGGCUAGGCUACAUGGAACUUUUCACUGAUGUUGCAGUAGGUAUUCUGUGUCCUCACUGAGAGAGGGAGCACUUUGGGACAGUGGUGGUGGCCUCGGCCUUGGCUCCUCGUUGGUCCCAGAGGUUAUCUGUCCCAGAAAUCUCAUCAUCCCCAGCGGCUCAGAUCUGCAAAGGAAAUGCACCACAUACCAAGGCCAUUAGGAAGGAAGGAGUGGUCUGACUGCUCUGCUCUCCUUCUAGAUAUGCCACGUAGCAGACACUUUUAUUCAAAGUGACUUAUACUACAGUGAGUGCAGUCUUUUUUCAGUAUGUUUAUUUUACCUUUAUUUUCAAAGGGAGUCACCAUUGAGACCAAGGUCUCUUUUACAAGGGAGCCCUGCAUAUACACAAUUUACUAAAUCAAAUACAAUGUAAAAUACAGUAUAAUACACAUUUUCAAGAAAAAUUAUUUCAUUUCACAGCAAGGGGGUCCCCAAUCAACAUUUUGAACUGCCCAAGAGGCAUGUCUGUUAUCCCUGUGGGCUAGUAGCACCAUGCCACAGGACCACAUUGUUCAUUGCUAAUCUGCUCAGCAUCCCUCCCACACUAACAAUUUAAGAAGAGUUUAGAUAACUUUCUGUAAAGAGUGAGACAGACUGACUGACCUCUGUUUGGAGACAGAUAGUAUGACAAACUUGUGAUGGUGCAACAAUGAAUACAACCCCUCCUUCAUCCUGAUAACUAUUGAUUGUUGUCCUUUUAUAGAUGCAGAGAAAGUCACCAUCUUCGACCAGACGGAAGUCAACCUGGUCGCGUUUCGCCGCACCAUCUAUCUCGCCAUCCAGUCAAGGUGGGUACUACACUGUGUGUGUCCGCGCUGCCUGAAUGGUGUUUUUCUGUUAAGAAAAGUAAACUAGAGCUGCCAAUGCCAACAGAAUGGGAACGUGCCCAGAUCCAGGGACGUUUUCAGAAGAAAUGGGGCAUUAGUAGACUUUUCCUCUGGGCUCAAAUAAAACCCUAACCAGAUGGCUGAAAAUCACUCCAUGUCCACGGCAGAUAGAGACGAGUUUAGAAGGAUGCAGUUUAUUUAAAGCUGUAUUUGAACAAUAUUUCCCCCCCCUUAGUUUCAUGAAAAGUUAGGUUUGCACACAUUCAUUGACAUAAUUUUUUUUAUUUUUAUGGGUGAACUAGACUGAAUAGGAUUGUAUUGAGGGAUGUUGGGGUGGAUUUUGACGAGGAACAGACUGCUGUGAAUGCUAUGGGGGUGGGGGGGGCAUUUUAAACCAGGUUUUAUUAACUCUAGAUAUAGCAUUGUUGUUAAGGCUCGCACAUAGCGCACCGAAUGUGGAUCUUGCGUUUUUCACGCAAUUCUACAUGUAAAAUCAGCGCACAUUCAGGUUACGCAAAUUUACGUUCAGAGGUGCAAAGUACUCUCGGCCAGCAACCGUUACUGGUGUGUCUGAGACCUUAGGGAGGCUGCUGCAGCAGGUGGAGAAGGAUUCAUUGAUGCACAGCAGCCGAGGUGAAGUCUAGGAUCAGAAUGCGCCAUGCUUUAGUUUCAUCAUCCUUUUGGGAGGUUUUCUCUCUCUAGUUGCGCUGGGUCAUUAGAGCACAUCGUAACAAAACAUUGGUCCAGGUAGUCCUUCGCAGUUUCUUCCAUUUGCUGCCUAAUGAAUGAACCUGGUGAUAGAGGUCAAAGAGAACGGCAACCAUUGUGGGCUAUUCUUCCUAGAUUCUCCUUUAAAGCUGAGCUGGUGUUUUUCCAGCUGGUGUAG